AUUUGGGGUACGCUCGUUCAUUUCUUUCCUGAGCAGCAGAGAAACAAGGGUGACGAGUGACGACACCUGUGCUUCAAAAGACUGCUCCUUCAGCUAAACCCUCUCUCUGCCUUCUCUCUUUCUCUAUGAUUCAAUCCUCUCACAUUCCUUAUGUAUUGCCAUAGCCAACAUCCCUCCCUCAGGAACCAGCAAUCCCUCAAAAAGUUUGCAUCUUUUUUUCACCCCUUUGGGCUAAAUCCUCAUUUCAGUCAUGGGAGAUGGCUUCGCGCUUCAGGGUCUCAAUGAUUCCAAGAACGACUACACGAAAAAGAAUAAGAAGAAGAAGAAGAAGAAGCGUGGUGGGGCUAGUAAGAAGAAGAUGACCACUGAGCAGACUCUCGCUUUCAAGUCUGUGAGUGAAUGGGUUUUCUUGGAUCACCCUUCUCCUUCUUCUGAUUCGUCGUGUUCGGGGGAUGAUGGUUACGGGGUGCAGAAUAAUGUAAUGGGAACAGGUCGCGACGAGAAGAAGGUUGUGUUUGAAUUGCAUUCGCAUUCCAAAUUCAGCGAUGGUUUCUUGUCUCCUUCCAAGCUGGUCGAGAGGGCUCACGGAAAUGGGGUGCAAGUUCUAGCUCUGACCGACCAUGACACAAUGUCUGGCAUCCCUGAGGCUCUAGAAGCAGCUCAUACAUAUGGCAUCAAGAUUAUUCCAGGUGUUGAGAUUAGCACAAUAUUUUCUCCAAGAGGAGACUCUGAAGCAGAGGAACCGGUACACAUCUUAGCAUAUUACAGUAGCUGUGGACCAACUAGAUUUGAGGAGCUGGACAAGUUCUUAUCUAAUAUAAGGGAUGGUCGUUUUCUUCGUGCAAAGAACAUGGUCUUAAAAUUGAACAAGCUCAAGUUGCCUCUUAAGUGGGAGCAUGUUUGCAGGAUUGCAGGCAAUGGGAUUGCCCCUGGAAGGCUUCAUGUGGCUCGAGCUAUGCUUGAAGCAGGUUAUGUGGAAAACCUCAGACAGGCCUUUGCUCGAUAUCUUUUUGAUGGUGGACCUGCUUACUCCACGGGAAGUGAACCUUUGGCAGAGGAAGCAAUAAAGCUGAUCUGUCAGACAGGCGGUGUAGCUGUACUGGCUCAUCCAUGGGCUCUGAAAAAUCCUGUUCCUGUUAUCAAAAGGCUAAAAGAAGCUGGCCUACAUGGAAUGGAGGUCUACAGAAGUGAUGGAAAAUUGGCAGCAUAUGAUGACUUAGCAGAUGCCUAUGGGCUUUUCAAGGUUGGGGGCUCAGACUAUCAUGGGACGGGAGGGCGCAAUGAAUCUGAACUGGGAAGCGUGAACCUUCCGGUGCUAGUUUUAAACGACUUCCUUAAGGUAGCUCGGCCAAUCUGGUGCGAAGCCAUUCAGGAAAUAUUUGAGAGUUAUGCUGAAGAGCCUUCUGAUUCUAAUCUAGCAAGCAUUAUGAGGUUUGGGAGAACCCAGAUUUUUAAUGGAGGUUCACCCUUGAAUUGUGGAAAAGACUUGAUUGAUCACUAUUUACCUCUUUGGUUAAGUAGUGAAGAGAUAGAAAAUUCAAAGUUUGAGGCUAUAAAAUUGAAGCUUUCCAAUAUACCAGUAAGCCAGGAAGGAUAGAGACCAAAUAGUUGUAUGCUUGUUGAUAUGUAUUGACCACUCACCAUUUCAAGCAAGGCAAUCAUAAUAUUUAUUUUGUUGAGUAUCUUUGCCUAUUGGUUAGAAUUUUAUUUUAUAAUCAACAAGCAACAAGUUAUCUUAUCAUUGUUGUGUUCUCAAGUA